GCGCACCUGCUGCACUGCGGCACCGGAAAUAGAGAGCAGAGCACAGUGGCUGAGCAGAAGAUGUGGAGGUAAUCCUCUGCCACGCGUCGCCUUCAAUCGUUUUUGUCAGUUUCCUCUUUCAGGCUCGGGUCGGCAAGCUUUGGCAUCCCGUCACAUCGCAGCAGACAGCGGAUAGAGGAGGGACACAGCAGCGCUAGUAUUAUCAUGAUGGCACACAAGCUCCGAGCUCCGUGCGUGUCAUCUCUGGCGUUUUAAAACAAGAGGAGAGAGACGGAUGUGGGUAGUCAUGCCCACCAAACCUGCGAAUUUCACGCGUAGUAUUAGUUUUUAUUAUUAUUUGUAUAUCCUGUGUGGAUGUGAACUUUGAUUUAAAAUCAAAGUAAGCCACAGCAUCUCUGUUGAUGUUACUCAAAUCCAGCCCUUCAUCAGCACCGCUCAGCUGGAAUGAAAAAAGAGCAUUGUUACCAGAGGAAACAGCGCAUAAAUCUGGAACAGGAAAUGAAUCGUCUGUGCUCUGUUAAUAAUAACUUUCCAUAUGAUAACAACCUCCUGGUGCUGGACAUGGUCCUGAGCUCACUAUGGGCUUCUUCUCAGCCAAUCAACUGGGAGAAUGUUGCCAAGUUGGUCCCAGGGUUCACCCCUAAAGAGUGUGCGCAAAGGUUUGAAGAGUUAAAGACUACAGGCAGUUUCCCUCACGUUGAUGACCAGUGUAACCCACUGACUGGUGCAGUGAGCUCUCCAUCGGAACCCUUUUCCACGUACAUCAAAUCCAAUUUAUUGGACAUUACAGUAGAUAAAGGGGAACCACCGUCCAAUCAGGCCACUCUCUCAGAGUCAGGCCUCACUGUGAUCUCUACUGGUCAUGGAGCCUCUGCAGAAAUUGAGAUUGCAGAUCCUGCCAAGAAGAUUGAGAAAACAGAAGGGAAUAAAAUCCCCAACAUGGUAAUCCACGUUUGUGAUGAAGCAAAGAACCUGAAGCAGGACUUUGUGUGUCCAAGGAACCUUCUGGUAAAAGAGAUGCGUUACUUUGAAGAAUAUCUUUCUGUGGACCCACAGCGCUGGGACGAGGUGGACAUUUCUGUGCACUGUGAUGUCCAGAUCUUCGACUGGCUCAUGAACUACGUCAAGAGUCACAACACUGAACAUUCGCAUGGAAAACACAUGGACAAACCCAAACUGGAGCACAGCAAUGUCAUCUCAAUCCUGAUCUCCUCCGAGUUCUUGAAGAUGGAAACUUUAGUUGAGGAGUGUAUCCAAUUUUGUCACCAACAUAUGAGUGCCAUCAUAGCAACACCAUGCAAUAUGAACUGCAUCAACAACAGCCUGGCUGGACGCAUCGCUGAUCUGUUCAGCCACAACGAGGCAGAUGACCUCAAGGACAAAAAAGACAAAUUCAAAAGUAAACUGUUUCAGAAGAAGAUCGAAAGAUUAUUUGAUCAUGGUUAUCAGAAUCACGAUUCCCCUGGUAACGCAUCUACUCUGUACAGAUGUGGACUUUGCCUUAAGCUUUUAACCAAAGAAACAGAGAGAAAAAUUCCUUGUGUUCCAAACAAAAUCAACGUAGAUGUCCGAGGAAACAUUGUAUUCACUCACACCAGACAUAAGGCCUGGGAGGUUCAUGGGUUUGUGAAUGGGCUUUAUGAAGAGUUGAAGUCCUGGGUACUGGUCUACUGGAGGAUCUGGGGCACAGUCAACUUCCUUACCUGUUCACGCUGCAAACAGGCAUUCCUGUGUACAGAUUUGGGCCAGUGUAAAUACCACCCAGAGGCGGUUGUGUAUCCUGGAAUUGGGGCAGAUCAUAGAUGGCAUGGCAUUGGUCUUUACCCCUGCUGCAACCAGAAAGUUCUAAGAUUUGAUCCCUCCUCCAUGCCCAAGGGCUGUAAAAUAAGAGACCACAUUGUGAGUGCAGCAGAUGGUGGUGACUGUGGCGAUCACAAUGUAAACUCUGCCCAGACCAGAAUACUCAAUGACCUGCUGCUACACAGAGAGGCUGUGUGUGUGCCAGAGAGCUGUAGCUCUGAGGACCCUUCUGCAGGCAGUGAACGUGUGCCAGGAUGUGAUGUAAUGCUGGAGCCAGGGGUGCUUACAGCUCACAGACCCAAGGAAACCACAGCUUUUUCACUGUUAAAAAACUGGAGUCUUCAGCUGCGGCAGCAGUCUCUGCUGUCUGAAGAUGAGGAGUACACUACAGGGUCAGAGGUCACAGAGGAUGAGGUCGGGGAUGAAGAAGACACAUCUAAAAAACAAGCUGCAAAGAAGGCAAGAAAAUCUGGAAAACCUUUGAAAAAACAAGUGUCCUCCCCCAGUUUCCAGCGUAAGGAGAAAUCUGGAGAAAAGGCACCAUCUCGAGACUCCACCCCAUUCAUCGUCAGCAUUCAGAAGAAUAAGUGGGAUAGCAAUCGCUCUAUGAGGUACAAUCAGGACCUACAGAGGGAGGAGGAUCAGAGGAGAAUGGAGGAGAUUAUAGCAAAUCUCACUAAAAUGCGCUUUGGUGAUCAAGAGCAGACGAAGUUUAAAGACACAAAAGAGCCUGCAGGGGGGCUCUACUCGAGGAUGGAGGCCCAGUUUAAGUCCUCUUCUCAGUCCAGUGGAAGACACAGCAGCUCAGAGAAAACUCGAGUGAAGACACGCUCGGGGCCGUCGAGACCGACUUAGAGAAAAUGUGGAGAUAAGUGAAUGUUUUUUUUUAAAGGAGGAAUAAAAGAGCUUGCUUGCUGUUUGACGAGGCAGAAUAAGCCAUCGCUCUCUUCGUCCAUCCUUUGCUCCACUCCUCACCCCCUCCUUCUCCCAAACUCCGUACAGACACAACAGGAAUAGCAUUAGAGUCUUUUCCGUUACAGUCCCGGGAGAAGAAUGGAUUGCUGGUGUGGUCACUGAUGUCAUAACUGUAGCUAUAGAACAUAAACAAUGGACCUAAUAAAACCAUUAGUUGCACUGUAAACAAACAAGCUUUUGGCGGCUAGUGAAUUGGUUGCACACACUAAUCUGUGUUACACUAGUACGGUUUAUUUUGCACCUUUUGCUUUAUCUCAUAUCAUGUCUAGCUCAGGAUUCAUCCCAGCCGCAGUGUUUUGGAACGUCCCUGCUUCAUUUUAGCCGACUCAGGUGACCAGAGAAAGCUCAUCUCCGUGAUACUGACCCUGCACUUUAAGCCGUCUUAAUGCAAUGACUCAAUCCUGUAGAAUACGCAAAGAAGCCACUAGGUAAAGAGCGACACUGACGAAUAAUACCUGUGAGGUCCAUGAUUAUGUUGCACUGAAACUAUCACAACUGUGCCGUUUGGACCAAUAUGACAUAAGGAAAAAUACAGAAGCAGUAGAAUAAAAAUCAUUUAAAAUAAA